AUCAAGCACCUAGGCAUACAGCAUGCUUCUACAAACAUUUAUGAAAGAAUGGGUCGCUCUCAGGAGCUCAGUGAAUUCAACUUUGAUAUCGUGAUAGGUUGCCACCUGUGCAAUAAUUUCAUCCGUGAAAUUUUCUUGCUACUAAAUAUUCCACGGUCAACUUUUAGUGGUAUUAUAACAAAGUGGAAGCAACUGGGAACAACAGUAACUCAGCCACAAAGUGGUAGGCCACGUAAAAUGACAGAGCGGGGUCAGCGCAUGCUGAAGAGCACAGUGCGUAGAAGUCUCCAACUGUAUGCAGAGUCAAUUGCUAAAGACCUCCAUACUUUGUGUGGCCUUCAGAUUUGCACAACAGUACAUAGAGAGCCUCAUGAAAUGGGUUUCCAUGGCUGAGCAGCUGCAUCCAAGUCUUACAUCACCAAGUGCAAUACAAAGCAUCAGGUGCAGUGGCGUAAAGCAGUCUAGAGCAGUGGAGGCGAGACUGGUACUUACCUGACUGCAUUGUGCCAAGUGUAAUGUUU